CAACGCCCAAAAAAGAGAUUAAGAGAAUCUAUCCGCAUGACAAAUUAUACUGAAGAUGAAGAAGAUACAGAGGAUGAAAAUUAUGAAGAGUUGGUGGAUCAAGAGUCGGAUCAGCUCAGUAGUUUAAAUGUAAAAAUUUCAGAAUAUGAGGAUUAUCUGGAUUAUCUGGAGAACCUGAGAGAGCAGAUAUUGAAGGAAACAGAAGGCAUUUUAUCUGAGUCAUUAGGUACUGAUUCCUUCACGCUUGAGAGUAAGUGGGAGCGUGAUGCUUCUAGUGUUGUCAUUCAUGAAGAUAAUCAUAUGGCUUCGGAAGAUUCUGAAGGAGAUGACGAUGCAAAAUCUUGUUUUCCAUGCCCUUUCUGUUAUGUGGAUAUUGAAGUCCCAAUGCUCUGCAACCACUUGGAGGAAGAACACUGCUUUGACUUUAAAAAUGCAGUUUGUCCUAUGUGUGCAGCGAAUCUAGGGAAAGAUGUAGUUGGACAUUUUAUGGUGCACCAUGCAAGCUCGUUCAAGCACAGGAGAAAAUCUCAAAAAGCGGGUUUGUGGACUGGUAGUUCAGCAAUGCUUGGAAAGGCACUGCUGAAGAACGGAAGGGCAUCUGCACAUGAAUCUGCACCUGAUCCUCUCCUCUCACCAUUUAUCUGCAAUAUAUCUUUUUCAGACCCUAUUGGUAUUCCGGAAGAUAUUUGUUCCAAUAUCAAUGCCCCUAUCACUUCCAGCUUGAAAAGUGCUAAGUCCUCUUCACCAGAUGAAGGCUGUGAAAAGGAUAAAGAAGAGCGAAGGCAGAGAGCGGCUUUCGUGCAACAGUUGAUUACAUCAACCGUAUUCUUGGAUCUAUGAAUUCUUCAGAGCACAAAAUUUUCUGGAAAAAGUGGAAGACUGAUCUUAUCUUAGUCACCAAGAUCAUGCAGUAUACACAGUGGGAAUGGUUUUAGGAAGUCAUAUAGUUUCUAUAUUAGGUAAGAUAGAGUAGUUGUCUUUGGAUGGGGACAAUUGAGGAAAUAUGUAUACAUUGUGUACAAUCUAUCCUUAUGUCUAUUUAUAUCAACAGCCUGUUUCAAAGGCUGACUUUCCAUAAUGAGUAAGGCUUAGCGGAUAAAAUAUCUAUUUAUCUAUACAUGACUACCGAAAUUUUGUUGA